UCUGAGAACCAGACACACAGGUCUCUCCAUCAAACUGGGACGGUUUUCUGCAUUGUUCUGCUUCUUGUUUUUGACAUUUUCUGCAAAAAAUACGGGAUCAUCAUUAUCACCAUGAAGGAAAGGAGAAAUACACAGCCGCUGGUGGUUAGAUGUAAACUGGUUCUUGUCGGAGACGUUCAAUGCGGAAAAACGGCGAUGUUGCAAGUCCUGGCGAAGGAUUGUUAUCCAGAGACCUACGUGCCUACGGUAUUUGAAAACUACACAGCCUGUCUGGAGCUGGAGGAGCAGCGAGUGGAGCUCAGUCUGUGGGACACUUCAGGUUCUCCAUACUACGAUAAUGUGAGGCCCCUGUGCUACAGUGACUCAGAUGCAGUUUUGCUGUGUUUUGACAUCAGCCGUCCUGACACUGUGGACAGCAGUUUGAAGAAGUGGAAAACUGAGAUCCUGGACUUCUGUCCGAGCACACGGAUCCUGCUCAUUGGCUGUAAGACCGACCUACGCACAGAUGUCUGCACGCUGAUGGAGCUGUCCAAUCAGAAACAGACUCCCAUCACCUAUGAGCAGGGUUCUGCUAUGGCCAAGCAGCUGGGUGCAGAGGCUUACCUGGAGUGCUCAGCGUUCACCUCGGAGAAAAGCAUCCACAGCGUGUUUCGCACCGCGGCGAUGGCCUGCAUCAACAAGCUGCAGCCUCUCCCAAAGCCCAGCCCCACCCGCCGCCUCUCCAAAAGACUGCUCCACCUGCCCAGCAAGUCGGAUUUGCUCUCCAACACCUUCAAGAAGGAGAAGGCCAAGAGCUGCUCGGUCAUGUGAGUGGAGACCUCUUGGGUUACAGUCCUCUCAUGCAACCCCCAGCCCCCGCCUCUUUGGUCUCGGGGAAGGGGGGGUGGGCACGAUGGUUUUAUCAGGGCUUCCUGCUGAAUCCUUCCCUUACCCCCCCGGAAACCAAACACCCCUCAGAAGAGGUGGACACUUCGCUGUCCACUUGCUCCUGAACCUUUUAGCGCACAUCCAUAUUUUUCCACUACUGUUUAUCUUGCUUUGGAACAAACAAUAUCAGUCAAGGUUUGUUCAUCGAGCUAUCAUUUUUUCACCUGUAAACCGUAUGCAACUACAAUGGUGUUACAUCUGUCUGAUUUUACUAUCUCUAAGCACAUGUUCAUUUUGUCCAAAUUGGAAAUGUGCAACGUGUGACGUUAAAUCUUGUGAUGUAAAUGCCUCUCAGACAAUUCAAUGGAUAUUUUUCUAAGUACAAAAAUAAAUCUAGCAUGAAACCGUCAGGAAUUAGCAGCAUCCUGCACAUCCCUCUUAGUUAGGUGUGUGAGGUGUGAAAUAGCUUGUUGCUGGUGUCCCCAUUUAGGCCUGUGAAAGCGCAGAGAUGUAGAGGGAGUAGUGGGACAAACCACAGUGAGAGCUGUUACAUAGAGAGUGGCUCUCAUUGUCUCAGUGGUGAUGAGAGCAGGGAUAAGAGCUGUGAGUGCUGGCUGCUGUGCAGACAGCAGUCUCGACCGUUUCAACCUGCAUGGAUUGUCGAUGCAUGGUUGUGUAGCUCUGGACAGCAGUGCUCCACAGAUCUCAGUGGAGGAGGCUGAAGAGGCUCUGUGCAUACGACACGACUUCCAAAAUGAGGACAUGCAAAAAUAAAUAAAGAGAAGUUGAGUUGGGCUUCCGGUGUCUCUGCUAUCACAGCUGAAGUCUAUUUCAAAAUGCUAUCUACGGUAAUGGGGCAGACAUAUUUUAAUGGAUGAGAAAAGAUGCUUUUAUACAAAAAGCAUAAAAGCAGUUCAAUGCCAGGCUGUCGAGUGUUAUUUAUGAAGCUGGGGCUGGUUAUUGAUGUCAGUCAAAGUGUAGAGGCAUAUUUAAAAGCAUAAGAUAGCGCCUAGCUAAGUCAGGCCGACAGCUAAUGGGGAAAUCUGGUUUGCAGUUUCAAAUAUUCUUCAUAAAAGAUUUGUAGCAUUGCGUUGUUGACAGUUUUUCAACAAUUCUCAAAUGGUAUGCAGUUUUGAAAAAUGCCUUUCAUAUCAUGUUCCCGGAAGUCAUUGAGAUGUUUUGACUUCUGUAAUAUGCCUUGUGGAUUUCUCUCGUUGGCAACAAUCCAGUGUAGCACUCCCAACCUGACUCUACUCUUCCAAGAUGACUGUAGUUUUUGUUAAUCUAUUGACCUCCAAUAAGCAGCACUUACUGUAGGUUACAAUGGCUACGAAGCAACAAUUGGACCCUUUUCUGAUCUUUAAUCUUUGGCUUUAUGGUUAUGUGUGUAUGCAGCAUUGAUCUAUGUGCUUCUAACCAUAAAGCAAUAAUGAUUUAAGUGCUUGUGAUGCAAGGUAACCUGUGCGGCAAUAAAGAUGCAGCUUUGUGAUUACUGUCAUGCUUUAGCGCUCCAUGGACAUCCAUGUUAUAGACUGAAACCAUCUCUGCUGUACAAAGCGGCUGCUGAUCUGUGUUUGCCACUACUCCUCCGUGUAAGCCACUGGUAUAUAGAAUAACCAAUGACAAUGUCCUGCUUUAAUCAGAGUAUGUGAAUAAUGGGAAUGAAGCUCUUUGAGUUGGAGAUGCUAGCCUUAGCUGUCAAUUUUACAUAAUCAUAAUAGAAAGGUAUUGAGGCAGCAUAGGACUUGGAUAAACAGUGAGUCAAAAGUGCAGUAUAUGCUUUUAAAAUUGGGAAUCUACUUCAAAAGUCAAACAAUCAUCUUGUAAAAAGGGCUAGUGUGUGGAAAAAAAGGAAAUAAUGUGAGCAGAACAAGUAAUGAAAAUGCACAGGCUGGCCCUGUCCAAAGAAAGCUAUUUUUCCAUUCUUUGUUCAUUUAGUUGAUGUGUUUUUUCUUUUUUGGUAUUUAAAAGCAUGAUGUGAGUCCCGGUGUUGCUCUGGACAAAUCUUUUUGAGAUGGUUGUAGCGUCUUUAUGGAGCCGUGGACUGCCCCCGGUAGUCGAAGGAACUUAACGUGGUGAUUUGCACAAAGGCUUCGAGUUCAUAUUCACACACCAAAUUCCUCAGCAUUGCCUAGCAACAAUUCAGCGUAGGAAUCAGAGGCUGGCUCCCGGGUUGGUUGUGUGGACAGAGACGGUUGGCUCACAAGCAGACAUCCCCACAUCCAUUAUUACAGCGUCAGUUAUGCAUUUAUUGCCUGGCUUGUUGAAAGAAAAAAAAAAGUCUUGAUAUUUUUCUUUGCGUUAGGGAGCUGAUGCCAGGCCUUCUGAUGAUGGGACAGGUGGGCGGACCAUGUCAGUUAAUAUGCAGCCUUUGUGUUGUAGUCAGUGUGUGGUACAAUGGUGCAGUCAAACUCCUAAGCAUGUCCUAUUAAAGUUGUAUGAUUGUACAUACCGUCUCUUGUUUUAUAAUCAUUGUAAGACAUCUUCAAGGAUGUCACAUGAAAAUAUUGUUGUUGAUGUGAAUAUUUAUUUGGUAGCUAUUUUUGCCUUUUUUUUAUUGACAUGUACAUUUGUUUAAAAUCUACUUUGGAAAUGUUCCUUUUUUAAUUUUUUUUGUUGUUUUGAGUUUUUGUUUUGUUUGUUUUUGCCGUGUUGAAUAAAGCUUGCCUUGUCCGGCACCCUUGAA